GUUAAAUUCGCUUGAGUGUGCUUACUGGGAUGGCGCAAUUUUCGAAAGACGCGGUAUGGUAUCGUUCGCCCGCGAUAUACUUCAGUCGCGUUGGUGGCUGCAUGCGAUUUGACGUAUUCUGCGUGCAGUGAUGUCACUUGUCACCUUAUUUUAUGAAAUGUCAAACAUUUUAAGUACAUGAAAUUCGCGUGUGAAUUGUAAACAUAUUGACAGUGAAAUAGAUAAUAUAUAUGCAGUGAUAAUAAACAAGUGUCAUGGACUGCUAUUAUUCGAAAUUUUAUCCUAGGCGUAAGUGAAAAAUGGAAAAAUUACAUCGGUGAUUCGUACAUACCUAAGCCAUGAUGCACCCAGCCGGAUACUACGCAAACCUUGCGAGCGGCGCGCUCGCAGCCGGCACCAUUGCGUCUCCCUGGAGCACGGCGACCGGCGCGCCCGACACCAACGGCUCGGGCGGCGCAGACGCCAAGCAUCUGGACGUCGGCGAUGCCAGUGACGACGAGAAGGACCUGUCGGCAGCAGACGCAGAGGGAGUAUGGAGUCCAGACAUCGAACAGAGCUUCCAGGAGGCUCUGGCGAUCUACCCUCCCUGUGGUAGACGCAAAAUCAUCCUCUCCGAUGAGGGCAAGAUGUACGGAAGGAACGAGUUAAUAGCGAGGUAUAUAAAGUUAAGGACAGGGAAGACACGCACAAGGAAACAAGUUUCAUCGCACAUACAGGUGCUGGCCAGACGGAAACUGCGCGAAAUACAGGCCAAACUCAAAGUGGACGGCGGAGUGAUGAAGGAUAAAGCGAUGCAGUCAAUGAGCACGCUGUCCAGCGCUCAGAUAGUGGCUGGCUUGCCUCACCCCGCGUACCACCACACGCAAUUUUGGCAACCAGGCCUACAAGCAGGAACCUCACAAGACGUGAAACCGUUCCCCGGCACUGGGUACAAAGGCGUGCCCGGCGUGGCCGGCGUGGGAGUCCCGGGCGGCACGGACGUGGCGCCCCCGCCCCCGUGGGAGGGCCGCGCCAUCGCCACGCACAAACUCAGGCUCGUCGAGUUCUCAGCCUUCGUGGAACAUCCGCGGGACCCUGACACGUACCCACCAAGCACGGCGUCUGCGCAACAUCUCUUUGUACAUAUAGGUGGUGCUGUUUCAUAUGCAGAUCCUUUAUUAGAGUCGGUAGACGUGCAACAGAUAAAUGACAAAUUCCCAGAAAAGAAGGGCGGUCUAAAAGAGCUGUACGAGAAGGGACCUCGGAACGCGUUCUUCUUAGUCAAAUUCUGGGCUGAUCUCAACACUAACAACCUGGACGACCCGGCCGCCUUCUACGGGGUCACCAGUGUGUACGAAAGCAACGAGAACAUGACCAUAACGUGUAGUACGAAAGUGUGUUCGUUCGGGAAGCAAGUGGUGGAGAAGGUCGAGACGGAGUACGCGAGAUUCGAGGGCGGUCGGUUCGUGUACCGCAUACAGCGGUCGCCGAUGUGCGAAUACAUGGUCAACUUCAUACACAAGCUCAAACAUCUACCGGAGAAGUACAUGAUGAAUAGUGUGCUAGAAAACUUCACUAUACUACAGGUGGUGUCAAACAGAGAUACUCAAGAAACGUUGCUGUGCGCGGCGUUCGUGUUCGAGGUGUCGAACAGCGAGCACGGCGCGCAGCACCACAUCUACAGGCUCGUCAAAGACUGAAGCCGUCCCUCUCUCUCGGCGAACUAACCUUCCCGCGCCAGAGCGAGACGCAACGACCAUAGUCCGGGCAAGUUGCCGGCGAGAAAACCAUAAACAUUGUUAUUCAAAAUGGAAUUAUAUUGUUAAACAUUCUUGCCAGAAUGAGGUGUUUCUGAUCUCUGGAACCAUCUAAUCGAAAGUAUUAUAGAAGUAAAUUUGAAUGUUAUAAAAAGGACUCGUUUUUCAUCUCACAAAAAUUUACUGUAAUUCGUUCCCAGUUAAUUUCUACUUCUAAAUUAAAGGACUGUCAUUAUUUUUUAGAUAUGAAAAAAGGAACAUUUUCUCGUCGGCUUUGAAAGCGUGGAGACAGACAUACUGGAACAUUCGAAACCGAGUACGCUGCGGUCUAUAUUGGUUUCAUUAGAACAAAAUUAAGGAAUUACGCAUCGGCAAAAGCUACCGUGGAUACGUAAAUACACACAUACCUAGACUGCUAAAAUUAUCUUUUUCACUUGCCAUAGACUGGUAAGAAUAUGACCAAAGCUAGCACGUUCUCAGAAAAAAGGUACCAGUCGCUCUUCUUUAAUAUUAUAUAUUUUAUAUUGUUCUGAAUUUUUUUAAUAGACUGGAGUAUAUUUGGUAAGAAGACCAGUGUUCUAUCCCGCAGCCACUCGCUUUAACUAUCAAGUAGGUCUUCCGAUACGUUAUACGAGUGCUAUUCUAAUUUCCAUCCGGCACACAAAUUUUAAUCAUCAAGUAGGAAAUAUUCACUAAUGUGAACAUAGCAAAAUGUGAUCUGAAAUUAACGCUACAAAUAUUUUUGUAUCUAAACGUUUAUGUAUAGCUCAAUUUUGAGUAUCUCUAUGUAAAUCUGUCUUUUCACCCUUCGGACAUUCAUUCGACUAUCCCAAUUCUCAGACCACGUAUGAGGAAAUACGAGAGUAACAAUAAAUAUUUUACAUAAUUAUAAUAAUGCUGAUUAUCGUUCGGUAAAUGUGUAAAAUAAUGUCAAAUAAGAUUAUAAAAUUGAAUACACACAGUGCCUCUAUAAUUAUGUUACAUUAACAUAAAUUACUUGAGCGUGUUUAGUCGUUUCACUGUCCGCAAAUGGAAAUAAUAAGUAGUAAGUGCGCCGCAGUGGAAUGACUAAAAAUUUAGUGUAGGGUACAGUGAAUCAUUAUGUAGUGUAAGUAUAUAAUGUUAAGAUGUCUCUAAUUACUUUAUCCGUUGAUUCAUUACACGCUCGUGGUACAAUUUCGUUCGUCUAUCAUGCUUCACUCGACUUUAUUUCUACGCUCAAUUUCUUUGAAAAAUAUGUAUAUUUCUCAUUUCUUACGUACUACAACCUCUUUUGUUGCGUGUUUUCUACAAGUUUAUAAAAAAACGGUUAGAUUUUUACAUCAGUUAUUAUCUUUGCCACUAGCAACAAUAAUCGUUUCAAUACAAAAAAAAUCUAUUGUAUAUAAAAUAAUGUACCUAAAUUAAUGUACAUGUGUUCACGUGGUCUGCCAGAUUGAUAGGUAGCAUGUAUUUAAGGUUGUAACAUUAUGGGAGAAACUGUUCAAGCGGGAGGUUUUUCAUUUAUUUCAUUUUCUUUCAUUAUUUCUGAGUCAACGGGAUGCGUUGAGAUAAUUGCAUGACUUCUUUAUAAUUCAUUGAACACAAAAUAAGGUUUAUCACACCAUAGAAAGCAAAAGAUAUGAAAGUUUUUGUACAAUUAAAUGCGAUAAUUUUGAUGAAUCAAUUGUGGGAUAUAUUGGAAAGUAUUAUUUUGAAAUAGCCUAUUCUGCACCACACACAAUCAUAUGAUUCAAGAAUCUGCGCGUUUUCCGCCUGUCCUAGAAACCAAUUUUAUCACAGUCAUUAACAAGACUAAUAAAAUGCUUUAUAAAAUAAUUAAAUAAAUUACCAUAGGCAGCUAUGUUUAUCAACAUUGGAGAUAAAUUAAGCAUACAUGAUAUUUUCAUAUAAGCAUCCCGUCUCAUAAGGCCACUGCUUCUCGUUUCAAAGUACAAAUGAGUGUCGACAUUACUCAACGGCCUGCCGGAUUAUUCAAUAAGUUUACGUGGCAAUGAUUUGAUCUCUCUUUUAGUCAAAUAUUUUAAGUAUCCCCCCCGUCGUCGGCGCUGGUCAGCGCUUAUAUUGGGUAUAUUCACUGGGAUACCAUUGUCGCGUAUUCCGACGUCUCUGAAAUCUGUGAAAUAUUUGUAAAAUAUAAAAAAUUAAUUUAAUUAUAAAUUGAUAAUAAAUAACACUUAAGGCAGAACCUACCUAGUUGAUAUCCGUAUUCCGACUAAUUACAAUUAAUUUUGCUACAUCAUUCUAUUGGUGCUUUUGAACUCCUGCGCAACCGUGGUGUCCCUAUGAAAAGUGCCCCUUUAAGUUAACAGUGUUAUGUGCAUUAAAUAGUAUUUAGUUUCAAGACAUGAGGUAGGAAAAUAUUAUCUUAGAUAAUAAUAAGAGAUUUUUGUAUUUAUUUGAUAGAUUUAUUAUAUUAGAUAAAUUGUAAAGUGAAUAGCUUUAAGAUUUUUUUUUAAAUAUGGCGAUGGUCGUUCAAAUGAUAGGUAAAAUUGUCACAUACUAGUACUUAAGCGAACGGACUUAAUUUUUUGUUGCAAUCAAUCGUUUUCAUUUCAAAAACCUUUUGUUUUGUUAAAAUUUUGGUAGUGUUCCGUGAUCUUUUAAUAAAUUUUGUUGUAAAACAAUGAUCAUCAUGGGAACAAGCAAAAGAGAUCUGCCUUGUUGUGAUCCUAAGUUUAAUAUACUUUUAUGUACUCAAACGAGAUUAACUCAACUUUUUAAACUCUUUUGCUAGUAUAGUUUUUACGAAAUUGUUUCAAAAUGCCUUCGGCAAUAUAUUCAGUAUAUAAAGAGGAUAUCGUGUAAAUAAAAUACUAUAAAUUUAGUGCAUUUCUUUCGUUAGUGUUCUAAGCGGUUUUGCUUCUAUUCAAAUGUUUCAUAUCGACAAUCUGCCAUAUCAAAAUGAAGAUAUUUAAGUCGGAUGCGAAUGGGAUAUUCAUUUGUAUUUUUUUUUAUCUUUUUUGCAAAACUUUCUCUUUGCAGGUACUAUGUUUGGUAGCUUUUAUUUAUAACGCAAAUGAUAUCCCAGGAACCUUUCCGACAUUGUACAGUAUUUUAAAGAUAAUAUUACGUUAAAGAUUUGUAUGAAAAAUUUAAUUAUAUUGUCUUCUUAAA